AUGGUAUCAAAAGACAACUGCAACUUCUCUAAGUGGAUAGACCCACCUCUAACAAAGCACUAUAAGGAUACCAUGUGGAAUACGAAACUAAGAGUUGAUGACUUAUUGACUAGGAAUGCUCAAGUGACUGUGCUGCAGAAGAAGGUGGAGAAGCACAAAUAUCUUAGAAUAGCUAAGAGGGAAUCGAUUGAUGCUCGGAUCCCAGAAUUGUUUAUUGAAAUUGAAACUCUUAAGAAAAUGGUGAAAAAGAUUUUGUUGAUUGGUUUGGUCUUUCUUCUAGUUAUGGUGUUGUAUUUUAAGUUGUUUUAG